AAAGAUUGAUGUUUACAUACUAACAAUUCACAUUAACAUCACAAAGUGUAAAGAUACAAGUAAAGUUAUACAAAGCUUCAUUCAAAAAACAGAAGCUGCAGAAGCGUACUGACUAGCUCUUAAUAACUUGAGCCAAGAUCACCGGUCAAGGAAAAUACAGCAUCCUACACCAUGGUGUACAUAUACAUGAUGGAUGCUUGUAAAAAUCGAAAUAAACAAAAAAAAAAGAAGGAAAAAAUAUAAUAAUUACCACACAUUGAUGAAUUGAUCCUCUAUAAAAACUGGAGAGAUCAAGCCACUAGAAGAGGUCUCUUGCUUGCUCUAGAGGUGCCAUCGGCGAGGAGGGAAUAUAAAGGUCCCAUAAGAGAUGAGUUCUUUACUAAAACAGGAACUGCAUCUGCCCCACCAUUAAUGCACAAAACCAGCAACAAUGAGACACAAUGCUCCUUUGCUGUCCUUGAAUCGCACGAAUUCAAAACAUCGAUAAUAAUAGGUAAAGCUCCAGCAUAAACAACAGCCAUUGCUCCGUCAAGCCUUUCACAAAGACCUGAUAAAACCGCUAAAGAAGAAAUUAUCACUUUUCUUCUUCUUCUUCUUCUUCUUCUUCAUCUUCAUGGCUGAAGGAAUCGGUAUACCCUAUAAUUGGCCAGAUGAACCAGAUGAACCACAACAACAUCAAAUCUGGUUACCCUGGCGAGUAAUAGACGGUGUCCCUCCCGCUAUUCCCAUUUCCUCUUUAGACGAACUGAAUGACUGCAUAGAGAGAUUGGGGAAUUCUUUUAUUGUUCUAAUAGACUCUGAAUUCCCUCCGCCCGUAAAUGUAAAGUUGAAGCUGCUCAUCGCCGCAAGAGCCCAUGACCUCACCGUCAUUUCGGAGUUGCCUCCAGUCGAAUCUGAAUCAUCGCAAGAAUCAUAUUCAUCAUCUCCAGAAAACCUACACUACGCUCCAUCAGAUGACGAAGAUCACUCAUCUCCCAAGAAUCAGACACUAAGCGAGAUGGCAUGCAAUCGACUCCAUACAGAGCUAGGGAACUGGCAGGUCAAUCCCCCGUCUGGCUUCAAUCUUGAACCCUCCGAUUAUCUUCAAAGGUGGUUAAUUGAAGUGAAUGGUGCUCCUGGGACGCUGUAUGCUAAUGAAACUUAUCAGCUUCAAGCCGAAUUCCCUGAACAUUAUCCUAUUAAAGCUCCCCAGGUGAUAUUUUUGCCUCCAGCUCCUUUGCACCCUGAUAUCUAUAGGGACGGGCACAUUUGUUUAGAUAUUCUGUAUGACUCGUGGUCGCCUACCAUGACUGUUAGUUCUAUAUGCAUCAGCAUUCUCUCCAUGCUGUCAAGUUCAACUGUGAAGUUUCCCUCAUCAGAAAUGAUGGAUGUUCCAUUGAUUCUUUCAAAGCAUGUAUUCUUCAGCAAGUUUAAAGCCGACGAGGACGAGUCCAACAACGCAAACAUGGUGUUUUCCCCGGUCUCCAUUCAAAUAAUUUUUGCUCUUAUUGCAGCAGGCUCCAGUGGUUCCACAUUGGAUCAACUGUUGGCUUUUCUCAAAUUCAACUCUGUUGAAGAACUUAACUCUGUUUAUUCUCGGGUCAUCACCGACGUCUUAGCCGAUGGCAGCCCCAUGGGAGGUCCUCGUUUGUCUGUCACUAAUUGGGCCUGGGUUGACCAAUCUUUGUCUUUUAAGCAUUCUUUCAAACAGGUUAUGGACAAUGUUUAUAAGGCUGCUUCGGCUUCUGUUGAUUUUCGGAACAAGGGUGAUGAGGUUACUGGUGAAGUCAAUAAGUGGGCUGAAGAGAAAACGAAUGGUCUUAUCAAACAAAUUCUUCCUCCUGUUGCAGUCAAUAGCGGUACAAGUCUGAUCUUAGCGAAUGCACUAUAUUUCAAAGGAGCAUGGACUGAAAAGUUGAAUGCUUCAGAUACAAAAGACCAUGAGUUCCAUCUCCUUAAUGGAGGAUCUGUUCAAGCACCCUUAAUGACCAGCAAAAAAAGGCAAUACGUGAAGGCCUUUGAUGGUUUCCAAGUGUUAAGGCUUCGUUAUAAACAGGGCGAGGACAAGCGAUUUCUCAACAUGUAUGUGUAUCUCCCAAAUGCCCGUGAUGGAUUACCAACUUUACUGGAGAAAAUUAGUUCGGAACCUGGAUUUUUGGAUCGCCAUGUUCCAUAUGAAAAAGUUAAAGUGCACGAGUUUCUUAUCCCUAAGUUCAAAAUAUCUUUGGGGAUUGAAGCUUUAGAAGUUCUAAAAGGACUCGAGCUCACAUUACCUUUUAAAGGUGGUCUCACUGAGAUGGUGGGCGAGAAUUAUCCUCUGGCAGUUGCAAACGUUUUUCACAAGGCCUUUAUUGAAGUAAAUGAGGAAGGUGCAGAAGCUCCAGCUGCAAAAGCUUUUCACAAGGCCUUUAUCGAAGUAAAUGAGGAGGCUCCAGUAGCUCCAGCUGUUACUGUUGCUACAAUGAUGUUCGGGUGCUCGAUGAUGAAGGUUGAAGAGGAGAUAGACUUUGUUGCUGAUCAUCCCUUCAUGUUCCUUGUGAAAGAUGAGACUGCUGGUGUUGUUUUGUUCGUGGGCACUUUGUUGAAUCCUCUUGCUGUUUCGCCUUCCUGAGCUUUAAUUGAUAUAAUAGCAGUUGAGCCAAGUGUGAGUUGACAAACUACCCCGAAUACCGCUUUUAUAAAAUGUGAAAGAUAAAAAUUUGCGUGUUUACACCAAGCCAUUCAUAAUACUUUCUCCGUUUUUACUUGUC